UAGUGCCGUGCAUCUUUACGUCACGCCGGGAGCGUAACGGCCUCUAUCGCGUCAUGACGGACGUCUCCGGCGUCAAAUCCGAGCUCGAGGUUGCCCUAGCAACUCCGUGGAUGGACCAAUCAGAGGGAGGCUGGACCCCACCUCUCCUCCCCUCCUCCCCUCCAUCAACCAGCCGACACCACCUCCGCUGGAGCAGGGGGGCGGAGGGAGGGAGGCCAGAGAUCCGUCAGCUCUUCCUCCUCAGUCCGAACUCCAGGAGCCGAGCUGAACCGCCUGCGGAGGAUUUUUAUCUUGGUGCGUAAAAGCGCGGCGCGUCCUGUGCGCGCGGAUGGCACAGACGGCGCAGUAAAUGCGUCCACUGAUAGCUGUCGGUGUCGGUGGUUCAAGCUGGACACUUGUAGCUCCCUGGACACAAUCUGAGCCGGGUGACCAAACUGUUUGUUGCAUGUAAACACGCGCAGAGUCUCGCGCAGAUCGUGGAUUUAUUUUGUUGGACUUUACGCGUCUCUUUGCAUUCUUCUCGUUGUGGACCGGGGUGUUUACAGGAGGAAGAGCUGGAGGAGGAGGGUUACAUGCUGCCGAGUCUCGUCUCAUGAUGGGACGCGGCAGCUGUCAUCUGCCGCGAGGAUGAGCCACAGAAGCAGCCCGGCCAGGGCGUACGACUUUCUGCUCAAAUUCCUGCUGGUGGGAGACAGCGAUGUCGGGAAGGGAGAGAUCCUGGCGAGCCUGCAGGACGGAGCCACCGAGUCUCCGUACGGAUACAACAUGGGAAUCGACUACAAGACGACCACCAUCCUCCUGGACGGGAGACGAGUCAAGCUGCAGCUCUGGGACACAUCUGGUCAGGGACGAUUCUGCACCAUUUUCAGAUCUUAUUCCAGGGGAGCACAGGGAGUUAUUCUAGUGUACGACAUCACCAACCGCUGGUCCUUUGAUGGCAUCGACAGAUGGAUCAAAGAGAUAGAUGAGCAUGCCCCGGGGGUGCCCAAGAUCCUGGUUGGGAACCGCCUCCACCUGGCAUACAAGCGUCAGGUGACCACGGAGCAGGCGCAGGUGUACGCGGAGAAGUUGGGCGUCACCUUCUUCGAGGUCAGCCCGCUGUGCAACUUCAACGUCACCGAGUCGUUCACCGAGCUCGCUCGCAUCGUCCUGAUGAGACACGGCAUGGAGCGACUGUGGAGGCCCAACAAAGUGUUGAGUCUUCAGGAUCUCUGCUGUCGCUCCAUCGUCUCCUGCACUCCGGUCCACCUGGUGGAUAAGCUCCCCCUCCCGCUGGCUCUCAAGUCUCACCUCAAGUCCUUCUCCAUGGCCAACGGCCUCAACGCCCGCAUGAUGCACGGACGCUCCUACUCCGUCACUGCCAACGCCUCCACUCACCACGGCGCCACCAAGAGGACUGGAGGGACGCUGCUGAAAAAGCCCAAACUGAUCCGGCCGCCGCCCCUCAGCCCGUCUGCACAGAGCUGCAGGAACAGCUGUAAAAUAUCCUAACAGCUGGACUGGAUGUUGCGUCAGUAUCCGUCUCCAGGAGUCACCACUAACUUAUCUGUCGGCCGCUUAAACAGGAAAUAAAAGUGCGACGCUCAAGCUGAGACAGGAACACAGACUGAAAGUGUGUUUUCUCCAGAGAGUUCAGAGGCAUCACAAGUCUAAAAUCUUCAACCUGAUCUGCAACAAAGCUGAAGAAAACCUACCUGGACCUGAUGUCUUUACUUACUGUAAAUCGUCAUCUAAAAGCUGGUUUUAAAAUAAUGUUUAAAAUAACAGUUGUGUGUUAUUAAUAAGUCACAGUAACUAUACAGACACCUUAAUCUUAUCAAAUUUCAAACAAGAAACAAAAAAGGGACAAAGGACUCAAAAAUUGCUCUUCCACCCAAAAGAAAAACCCAGAACUCAUGUACAGAAUGGUACUCGCCAGAGUUUAUAUUAACUGGGGAACAGAGGAAAUCAGAGGAAAUUAGAAAUAAAGGCCUGAUUCUCUCUGAGGGAAACUAUUUGAAAACUUACGAUAUGUAAUUUGAGCUGCUUGAAAGCUUUUAAUUCAUCGGUGCAGGAAGUGUUGAAUUAAAUUAGAAAUGAUUGGGAUUAAUCAGUGAAUGAGGACUGUAUUAGCAGCUCGUUAAAUGAACGUAACGAGGUGUUCAGGUUUUAUUUGAUCUCAGAAUAUGGACAGAAGACCUCAGCAUCAAGUGUUAGCUUUUCCACACAGACCGAUGAAAGAAAUCCUGCUUGAGAAAAGAAACUGUUGAUGAACUUUUUAUGGACCAAAAAAAUCCACCUGAGACGCUGUUAAAAACAGCAGUUUGAUGACGUUUACUGUAUGUUGCGUUUCUGGGUCUGUUUUGUUGUUUGGACGCCCGUCCAGUCACUUCGACAGUAUGAACAGUAAAUGUGUGUUGGAGCGAAACUUCAGUCUUUCAGUACAGAACGUUAACGUCACUGUUGGGACAAAAAAAAAUCCUCCAAUAUUGAGAAUAAAGCGAAAAUAUCUUAAGAAUCAGAAUAUUUUGAAUAUGUAGUUGAAAAAAAGUAGAGGAAAAAGGGAUAAUACAAGAAAAAAAGUCAUAAUAUUUAUUUGAAGACAGUUGUAGCAUUUUAUGUUGCGUAUUUUUCUUAUAAAAUCUCAUGAAAACUUUCUGAAAAUAUUAGUUGUAUACUAAAAAUUUCCAAUAAAUCAUCAGAUGUCUUUUUCAGAAUACUGCU